UUUAAACUUUGAAUCUCUUCUCAAAAUGUGCUCAUUCCUUUCCUUUCCUCCUCUUCCCAGAUGUUCCUUCUCCAACUUCGUCACCAAUUCCUCCCAAAAUCGCUAUUUUGUCAUUUCGUCCGCACAAACACACAAUCACCAAGAACCCCAUCAUCUCCUUCUCUAUAAAUUCACUCGCAUUUCUAUCAUCCCCAUCUUCCUCUUCUUGGGUUCUCAGAACAUAGUUCACUGGUCUUGUUAUUUCUCAGUGUCUCUGUGCGUGGGAUCAAAUGGCUUCUUCUACUUCAGCCCCUGCUUUGAAGCGGACAAACUCGAUUGCAGACAACAUGCCUGAUGCAUUGCGUCAGAGUAGGUACCAUAUGAAGAAGUGCUUUGCCAAGUACCUUGAGAAGGGAAAAAGGAUCAUGAAGCUUCACCAUUUGAUGGAGGAAAUGGAACUAGUCAUUGAUGACAAGACCGAGAGGAACCAAGUCUUGGAGGGCAAUCUUGGCUACAUAUUGGGUUCUACGCAGGAAGCUGUUGUUAAUCCACCAUAUGUUGCUUUUGCAAUAAGGCGAAAUCCUGGGGUUUGGGAAUUUGCUCAAGUCAGCUCUGAGAACCUCUCUGUUGCGGAAAUCUCCUCCACUGACUACCUGAAGUUGAAAGAAUCAGUAUAUGAUGAAAACUGGGUAAAUGAUGAACACGCAUUUGAAGCAGAUUUUGGAGCAUUUGACUUCCCCGUUCCUCAUUUAUCCCUGUCUUCUUCAAUUGGAAAAGGAAUUAAUUUUGCUUCAAAGUUCUUAUCUUCAAAGCUAAGUGGGAAAGUUGAAAAAACACAAGCUCUAGUGGACUACUUGUCAACACUAAGUCAUGGGGGACAAUUGAUGAUAAAUGACACCCUGAACUCUGCUGAAAAGCUUCAGCUGGCAGUGAUAGUGGCAGACGUGUUCCUUGCAAAACUACCUAAGGAUACUCCAUAUCAGACUUUUGAGCUAAGGUUCAAAGAGUGGGGUUUUGAGAGAGGCUGGGGUGAUACUGCAGAAAGAGUGAAGGAGACAAUGAACAUUCUGGCUGAGGUACUCCAAGCACCAGACCCAAAGAAUCUCGAGAAGCUCUUCAGCAGAAUUCCUACAAUUUUCAAUGUUGUGAUCUUCUCUGUUCAUGGUUAUUUUGGACAAGCUGAUGUCCUUGGCUUGCCAGACACCGGUGGUCAGGUAGUUUACAUCUUGGAUCAAGUAAGAGCUCUGGAAGCAGAGUUGCUUCUCAGAAUUAAGCAGCAAGGCCUAACUGUGAAGCCUCAAAUUCUUGUUGUUACAAGGCUCAUACCUGAUGCUCGAGGAACCACAUGUGAUCAAGAGUUAGAACCAAUCAUUGAUACCAAGCACUCCCACAUUCUACGUGUGCCUUUCGUCACAGAAAAAGGAAUCCUUCGUCAAUGGGUUUCUCGCUUUGACAUUUAUCCAUAUCUUGAGAGGUUUACUCAGGAUGCUACAACAAAGAUUCUAGACCACCUCGAAGGGAAACCAGAUCUUGUUAUUGGAAAUUACACUGAUGGGAAUUUGGUGGCAUCUCUGAUGGCUAACAAACUUGGGAUAACUCUGGGAACUAUAGCUCACGCUUUAGAGAAGACCAAGUACGAAGAUUCAGAUGUCAAGUGGAAGGAGCUUGAUCCCAAGUAUCAUUUCUCCUGCCAGUUCAUGGCUGAUACAAUUGCAAUGAAUGCAGCGGAUUUCAUCAUCACCAGCACAUACCAGGAAAUUGCUGGAAGCAAAGAUAGACCUGGACAGUAUGAAAGCCAUGCUGCGUUUACUCUUCCCGGGAUCUGUAGGGUUGUAUCAGGAAUAAACGUAUUUGAUCCCAAAUUCAACAUAGCUGCACCUGGAGCUGACCAGUCUGUCUAUUUCCCUUAUACAGAGAAAGGCAAAAGACUAGCUCAAUUUCGCCCUGCCAUUGAAGAGCUACUUUAUGGUAAAGUGGAUAACAAUGAGCAUAUUGGAUCACUAUCAGACGGGAGAAAACCUAUUGUCUUCUCAAUGGCAAGGCUUGAUGUUGUGAAGAAUUUAACUGGGUUAGUUGAGUGGUACGGGAAGAACAAGAGAUUGAGAAACUUGGUAAACCUUGUCAUAGUUGGAGGCUUCUUUGACCCUUCAAAAUCCAAAGACAGGGAGGAAAUGGAAGAAAUAAAGAAGAUGCAUGCUUUAAUUGAUAAGUACCAGCUAAGCGGUCAAUUCAGAUGGAUUGCUGCACAGACUAACAGACAUCGCAACGGAGAACUUUACCGAUGCAUUGCUGACACCAAGGGAGCUUUUGUGCAGCCUGCUUUAUAUGAAGCAUUUGGACUUACUGUCAUUGAAGCAAUGAACUGUGGCUUGCCCACUUUUGCCACAAACCAAGGAGGUCCAGCUGAAAUUAUUGUUGAUGGAAUCUCCGGAUUCCAUAUUGAUCCCUUGCACGGUGACGAAUCAAGCAACAAAAUUGCUGAUUUCUUUGAGACUUGCAAAGCGGAUUCAACACACUGGAACAAGAUUUCAUCUGCCGGGUUGAGGCGCAUAAAUGAAUGCUACACUUGGGAGAUUUAUGCAAACAGGCUCCUGAACAUGGGAAGCAUGUACACUUUCUGGAGGAAAAUGAAUAAGGAGCCAAAAGAAGCAAAACAAAGAUACAUCCAUAUGUUUUAUAACCUUCUGUUCAAGAAUUUGGUGAAGACUGUACCUCUUACAAGUGAUGAACCACAAAAACCAGUUACCAAGCAGCAGACUGCUAAACAACAGGGCACAAGCAGACGUGUACAAUCCACAUUGUCAAGGUUACUGGGAGCCUGAAGUUGGCCGGCAGGAACAAAGCAGAGAAAUUGCUGGGUGCAUAUUGUCACAGUGGAUUCAUACUAGUCCUGGGCCAAUGAUGUACACGUCAUUUUUAUUAUUUUUUCAUCAUUAAACAAACAAGCUCUGUAAUUAUUGAGAUAUUGGCUAAGGGGUUUUAAUGUUAUCAAUAAGAUGUAUUUGAAAUUGGAACAGAGCGGUUA